AUGGCGGCUCCUCGUCACAAAUCACAACAGAAAAACAUUUCUUCGAUAUUUUCGAAGUUACAUGGAGCGUUUUCAGAUGCGGUAUGCCCCACAAAGCUUGCAACCGAUAAGAGGACUUUAGAUAAAACUUGGAAACUAAUGGAUAAAGUUGUGAAACUGUGUCAACAUCAUAAGAUGAACUUGAAAAACAGUCCACCAUUUAUCCUGGAUAUUCUACCGGAUACAUAUCAGCGGUUACGCGUUAUAUACUCGAAAUACGAGGACAAUAUGCAGGCGUUGAACAGUAAUGAACAUUUUAACAUAUUUAUUAUUAAUUUGAUAAGAAAAUGUAAGCAAGCCAUUAAGUUGUUUAAAGAGGGAAAAGAAAAGAUGUUUGAUGAGAACUCUCACUAUAGGCGUAACUUGACGAAGCUUAGUUUAGUGUUUAGCCACAUGCUGAGUGAGUUAAAGGCGAUGUUCCCUAAUGGGACGUUUGCUGGUGACCAGUUCCGCAUAACUAAGAGUGAUGCUGCAGAGUUCUGGAGGAACAACUUUGGAAACAGGUAA